CUCUCUCUUUCUGUGCCUCUGAUUCCGCUAAACUCUUCCGCUUUGCGAAUCUUCCUGAUAAACCAAUCAAAACCUAAACUACGCAUUUUCUAAAGAGCAGUUUCUCCUCUCUUAGUUCAUCAAAUUCUGCCUGCACGCAGACAGUUAGUUAUGUAACUUUAUAUAUUUAUUUCAUCGUAUGAUCCGGCGGCCAGGGUUGGAUCAGUGUCUGAUGUCUGCCCUGCGCCCUGCCUGCCAUGGCGUCCGUCUAUAGCGGAUCCCAUACGUUGAGCAAAGAUGAUGUCAACUACAGGAUGCAUUUCCGAAUGAUUAACGAGCAGCAGGUGGAGGAUAUCACCAUCGAGUUUUUCUACAAGCCGCACACCAUAACCCUGCUGACAUGCACGGUGCUCAGUUUGAUGUACUUCGCGUUUACAAGAGAUGAUGGAAAUCCUGACAAUAAUCUCUGGGUGGGGCUCAUUCUGGUCAUCUCCUUCUUCCUAGUAAUCAGUGUUUUGGCAUUUCCCAAUGGUCCCUUCACCAGGCCACAUCCAGCAAUAUGGCGAAUAGUGUUUGGUCUGAGUGUGCUCUACUUUCUGUUCCUGGUUUUAAUCAUCUUCCUCAACUGGCAGCAGGUGAAGCAGCUCAUGUACUGGCUGGAUCCAAACCUGCGCUAUGCCAAGAGAGAGGCAGACAUCAUGGAGUAUGCAGUGAACUGCCACGUCAUCACCUGGGAGAGAAUCCUCAGCCAUUUUGACAUUUUUGCUUUCAGCCAUUUCUGGGGCUGGGGAAUGAAGGCCCUCCUCAUUCGAAGCUAUGGCCUGUGCUGGACCAUUAGUAUUACCUGGGAGCUAACUGAGCUUUUCUUUAUGCAUCUGUUGCCAAACUUUGCGGAGUGCUGGUGGGACCAAGUGAUUCUGGACAUCCUGCUGUGUAAUGGAGGAGGAAUCUGGCUGGGAAUGACCGUCUGCCGCUUCUUAGAGAUGAGGACGUACCACUGGGCCAGUAUUAAGGACAUCCACACCACCACAGGGAAGAUCAAGCGAGCCGUGCUGCAGUUCACUCCUGCAAGCUGGACCUAUGUGCGCUGGCUUGAUCCAAAGUCCUCCCUGCAGCGAGUGAUGGGCGUCUACCUGUUCAUGAUUAUCUGGCAGCUAACAGAACUAAACACGUUCUUCCUGAAACACAUUUUUGUCUUUCCUGCGAGCCACGCUCUCAGCUGGUGCCGAAUCCUGUUUGUCGGUAUCAUCACAGCUCCGACUGUAAGGCAGUAUUACGCAUACCUCACAGACACACAGUGUAAGAGAGUGGGAACGCAGUGCUGGGUCUUUGGGGCAAUAGCCUUUCUGGAGGCCUUGGUGUGUAUUAAAUUUGGACAGGACCUGUUCUCAAAAACUCAGAUCCUCUAUGUGGUCCUUUGGCUGUUAUGUUUGGCCUUUAUUACAUUCCUCUGUCUGUAUGGGAUGGUGUGGUGUGCAGAAACAUAUGGUCCAAGGGGAAAGAGCCUCUCAGAGUGUGAGGAUAGUAAUUACACAGAGUCUCCUGACCACAUGCCGGGGGAAUUUAAAGAUGACACGGAUGCAAACGGCGAGAGCCCUACGCUCCGACGAAGAGGGAAAAACAAACCCUUAAAUGGCGUCGACAGGCAGUAAGAAGCACAGACAUCAGAAGUCAAUCUGCAAAGCCAAGUGUGACCAGAAGGUAAAGAUGAAAUGCUUCGUGGUGUAAUACGAUAUCCCAACCACCCCACCACCGCCGUCACUUUCUUGAGAGUGCAGACAGCAGAAGAAGAAGAGCAUAUAAACAGAUUUAUAUAAUUAUAAAGAAAGCGUAGCAGCUCAGACUACAGAGAUGCACGCUGCAGUAUGUGCUGAAAAAGCUCCUAAACCACUAAUCCCAGUUUUUGUGUGUGAAUGAGAGUGAGAGUUCGUGGGUGUAUGAAAGACUUAAAAAAAAAAUACUAUAGCUGUGACUGCAUGCUCAUUGUAGCUUUUAAAUGACCUGUAUCCUCUGCCACAAUAUCACUGAAGGCUGAUGUGUUUUUGACUGAAUGCCAGUUAGUUGGUUCUAAACAUUUCAAUGUUAAAAUGCCAUUUUAAAGGUAUGAUCACUUUAUUUUGAGCCUGUAUGUUUUUAGGUCCUUAUUUUUAUACAUGCAUCCUUCUGUGAUGAUCUUUUUACAGAAAAUAUGCGUUUUGUUCAGUUUUUUUUUUUUUUAAGAAACUUGAAUGUGGGCAAAAUUUCAAUGCCAGACAGCUUUAGCUUGUUAGCUUGUUCAACCGAGGUUUGUUGAAUUUGUAAUGAAGCACACAGUUGAAGCACUUUGCAGGAGCUUUUUUCCUUGAGAAUACUGUACAUUUGGUUAUGUUCAAGUAUUAUAUGAACUGUUGUGAUCUAGAGUGACUUUACUUCCCCUCUCCGCCUGUGGCUGCUAUAUUACUUUUAAUUUUUCUACGUUUUAAUGGACCGAUAAAGGAGGGCAAUUACUCAGACUUGCAUGUCGGUGUGCAGGUGGUUUUCUUUUACUGUUGACCUUUUUGUUCCUUUGAUUUCUUAUGCAUGACUGUCACAUCAAGUGUUUUGAUGGGAAAAUGUUACAACUGUAGGAAAAGAGUGUCUAUGUGAUCUAAACCCUGAACACAAGUAUUGUCUUUUUAUUGUCAUUGUAGAUUUUGAUUCAUGCCUUGUGCCUGUUUGCAUGGAAUUAUUUCUGAUUUCUUACGCUUCUCAGUCUGUAUUAAAAACUAAAUCCAUGCUCUCUCCUGUUGAAUACUGUCACCUGGUGUGCUUCGUUGGAGAUUUUUAUUCAUUUUUGUUUAGUAUCAUCUCAGCGCUGACAUAUUUCUCGUAUCCUCGACAAUCCAAAUGCUGGCCUGAUGAAGCGGUCUCCCAGGCAACAUUAGGCUUUGUAAAAGGUACAAUGUCUCUGGAUUUACAUUUCAUUCAGCCAAAAACAAUACUGUUCAAGAUGACCUGUGCUGUUUGUUUCACUGUGAGAAAAAGCCAACAUAUUAAAAUGUUUUACAUUUCC